AUGGCGGACGCUAUAUCUAUUGAGGAGACGAAUCGUAUUCGAGCUUCACUGGGAAUGAAGCCUUUAGCAGUGCCAGGAGCUGCAGGUCCAAUUUUUAAACAGGCUCCAUCUGCACCAGUAGAGGAUGCUGGCAGUACUUUAGAAUCGCGACAGGCUGAAGGCUAUGACAAUUAUCGAAAACUGCAAGAAGCUGAAGAAACUAAAAGAAAAAGAGAGGCUAAAGCGGAAGCCAUCAAGAGAGCGCGAGAUACAGCCAAACGAUUUGCGAAGCUCGAAGGCAAAGGUCUGGGAGAAGCCGAUGACGAUGGCGAUUUGGAUGCCAAGGCAUGGUUGAUGAAACAAAAGAAACGACAGAAGGAGAUCGAAAAGGCCAGAAAGAAGGAACAGGAACUUGCCGAGGCAGAAGCUGCUGCAGCCGCCGAAUAUACAGCCAAAGAUCUUGCAGGCGUUAGAGUCGGUCAUGAACUAGAUACAUUUAUUGAAGGAGAGGAUCAGGUUCUCACAUUAAAGGAUACCACCAUCGAUGAAAACGAGGAAGAGGGAGAUGAGUUAGAGAAUUUAGAUUUGCGCGAGCGUGAAAAGUUGUCUGACAAGCUGGAACUAAAAAAGAAGAAGCCCGUGUACAACCCGAAUGACGAUGAUGAUUCUGGUGAUAGAAAGAUUCUAGCCCAGUAUGAUGAGGAGAUCGAUGGCAAGAGAGGAAAGAGGUUUACUUUGGAUGGUAUGGGUAGCACCACUGAAGCCGCAACAGUAAAUUCUGCCUCUACCUCGAAAUCAAAAGCCAAAACCUUCAGCCUCGAUAUUUUGAAAGACGAUGAGCCGAAAUCCGAUUACCUUGAUAUUUCAGACAUCAAGGUUAGAAAGCCCAAGAAGAAGAAAGCUAAGUCAACGCGACAAAAGGCGGUGGAUGAAGACGACGUGUUUCCAGAAUCUGAACCGGCUGCAUCCAACGGAGAUAAUGCUGAUGCAAUGGAUGUUGAUCAAGGCUCCAAGCCGAUUGUCAAAAAACGAACUUUCGAGGACAUGUCCUUUGUUGACGAUGAUGAUUUGCAAGCUUUACUUGCUACCCAACGAAGAAAUGCACUAAAGAAACGCCAAAAGUUACGACCAGAAGAUUUCGCUCAGCGGUUAAGAGAUGAAGCAUCAGCAACUCCAGCAGAUAAUGAGGAAGGUAAUGAUUCGGGACUAGUUAUUGAUGAAACCUCGGAAUUUGUUGCGAACCUUCAAAAGCCAGUCGCGCCAGAGCCCAAGAAAAGAUCUGUAUCUCGACCAGACGCCGUUACCUCCAUGGGCGCCGAUUCUGAUGAUGAUGGGGAUGUCCAAAUGAACGAAUCGUACGCAAAUAUCGAGGAUGAUGAAGAUAGACUCGCUCGGAUCAAGCGUGAAGAAGAAACCAAGGAUGCCAUUGCGAAUAAUGGAUUGGAAGAGGAAGCCACUCUCGAAAAGGGUUUGGGCUCUACUUUGAAACUCUUGAGAGAAAGAGGUAUUCUGAAGACUUCAGAGUCUGGUGAUGUGGCCACAAUCUUCAGAGAGAAGCAAAUGUUUCUCGCAGAAAAACAAAGACGUGAGGCAGAAGCGGAGAGAAGAGCGAAAGCUCAGAGAGAAAGAGAUCGUACCACAGGUCGUUUGGAUCGAAUGUCUGCUCGUGAUAGAGAAGAACAUGCCAGACAACAGAAUACAAUGCGAGACCAACAAGAAUCGAGGCAACUCGCUGAGCAUUUUAACAAGGAAUACAAGCCUAACGUGGAGCUCAAAUAUGUCGAUGAAUACGGAAGAAAUAUGAACCAGAAAGAGGCUUUCAAACAUUUAUCACAUCAGUUCCAUGGUAAGGGCAGCGGAAAACAAAAGACGGAGAAAUUAUUGAAGAAGAUCGAAGAUGAGAAACGAAGAGAAGCGCAGAGUUCACUAGAUGGAAGUCAAAUUGGUGGUAUGACGGGAGCAGCAGCACAACAGUUAAAGAAGAACAGACAAGCUGGUGUGAGAUUGGCUUGA